AUGGGGUUCAAAAACAAUAGCUGGUUUCAGCCACCCAGUUUUCUUCUAAUAGGUAUUCCUGGAAUGGAGGCUGUACAAAUAUGGAUCUCUAUCCCACUGUGUGUCAUGUAUGCAAUUGCCCUCCUAGGGAACUUCACCAUCCUCUUUGUUAUCAAAACCAUCUCCAGUCUCCAUGAGCCUCAGUACAUCUUCCUGUCUAUGCUGGCAGCCACAGAUGUGGGUCUGUCUUUAUCAACUCUACCUACUGUACUCAAAGUCUUCCUCCUAAAUCACAGAGAAAUUGAGUUCCACUCUUGCCUAGCACAGAUGUUCUUCAUCCAUACCUUUUCCUCCAUGGAGUCAGCCAUUUUGCUGGCUAUGGCCUUUGAUCGAUCUGUAGCUAUCCGAAACCCACUACAGUACACUGUGGUCUUAACCCCUUCUCGGAUUAUAGGGAUGGGGCUUGCAGCCAUAGUCAGGGGUGUAGUUUUGAUGGCACCCUUGCCAAUACUACUCAACCGAUUGUCAUUCUGCAAAGAUAUUGUUCUAUCUCAUUGUUACUGCUUUCACCCUGAUGUUAUGAAGCUGUCCUGUAGCCCUAUCAGAGUGAACAUCAUCUAUGGGUUAUUCCUUGUUCUGUGCUCCUUUGGAGUUGACUCCCUGUUCAUUGUCAUUUCUUACAUCCUGAUUUUGAAAACAGUGCUGGGUAUUGCAUCCAAAGACGGCCAGCUCAAGGCACUUAAUACUUGUGUUUCCCACAUUUCCACUGUCUGCAUUUUUUAUGUGCCACUUAUUGUGCUGGCUCUAAUUCAUAGGUUUGGUACAUUCACAACUCCUCUUCUCCAUGUCACCAUGGCCAAUAUCUUCCUCUUCUUGACCCCUGUCCUUAAUCCCUUGGUUUAUAGUCUAAAAACUAAACAGAUAAGGUCUGCAGUUCAGAAGAUAUGUAAGAACAGGAAGAACUGGCUCAAAUAA